GCUGCUCCUUCUACCCUCUUCCUUUACUCUUAGUCAUACAUUCCUAGUCAUACAUACCUAAUUAUACAUAGCCAAUCUAGUCAUAAGCUUAUACAUUCAUACACCCAUCCUUACUAUAUACAUACAAACAAAUAUUAUUGAGAAACUUAUCGACUCGCCACUCUGCAGAGAGCGCGGCAGUCAGUCGCUGUUGAACCAAGCUAGAGUACAGAUCGAAAUAAAAGAGACAAUUGAAAUAGUAUUCGAAUGUUAACUUCUGUAGACGGCGGCUAAAAUCUCAGAAGUGGGAUUAAUAAUCCAAAAUGGACGAUAAAAUCAUCCUGAACGACAUUUCGCUGACAACUCUAAAAGAUUGGCUACGUAUUCUGGGCCAAAAUACGGAGGGCACAAAAGCCGAAUUAAUCGCGAGGCUGCAAGACAUCCCAACGGCAGUUCGGGGCGAUUGUCCACCGGAGCACCCCCAGAAAAACGCUCCACCAAGAAACGACAUUUUUUCUUCACUGGAUUUCCAGAAUUGUGAAAUUAACACCGAUCACGUAAGUGUGAAUGCGAUGAACAGAAAAGAAUCAACCGAAACUGGCAGUGAGAGGGAGACAAACAUGUUCGAGCUACAGCAACUACGCGCAGAGCUAGCAGAAGCGAAGGCAAUGCUUAACGGAACACGAUCGAGCUUGCAGUUCCAAGAACAACAACAACCAGAGCAAAGCAAGGUUAGUUCCGUUAUCCAGACGGCGCAGUUUACGCAGGCUGGCGCCACAAAAGAGAACACAACAUUUCACUCGCCGCAGCGAUCCAACGAGAGAGCGGAGAGCCAGCGUUUUCCAGUUGAUGUUCUCGCUCUCGCCAAAGAGACGAUAACCGAUUACGAUGGGAAAACUUGCGCGCGUGCCUGGAUAACAGUGGUCACAAAUAUCGCACGCACUUUCAACAUCGAUGACAACCAUUUACGCAUCUUACUCAUCACUAAACUUAAAGGAAACGCGCAAGUCUGGUUACAUGCGCACCCUGCUCGAUUGAUCGAACCAAUUGACAAUUUGCUUGAUCAAUUGUCAUUGACUUUUGGCGAGCAAUCAUCCAAGGCUGAGAUCCGGCGAAAAUUCGAGAGUCGCAAGUCAUACCGCUGCAAAGUUUCCGUACCCAAGCACGGAUUCAAUGCUUCUCUAUGCAUGCGCAUUUUUGAACAUCCGUUUGUCAGCUCGGAGGGAGCCACCUGUACAGCCAACCGACUACAAAGAUGCCAUACGAUGCGCAAACUGUAAUUCAAGAGGACACAAAGCUGACAUCUGCAAGAAGCCCAAACGUGAACCAGGUUCGUGCUUCGCCUGUGGACAACUUGGACACCUGGUGGCACAAUGUCCCACAAGGAAGAGCGUUUCAACUAAUAAUUAUAAUGCCUCAUAGACUCUGGCAGUCCUAUAUCUAUCAUUAAAAAGUCACUUAUUAACGAGACAAUGAAGUUAGCCCUAGUUAAUACUUGCUAUUUUGGUUUAAACAACUGUAUUCUCAAAACACAUGGACAAACCACAUGUUAUGUAUUGAAAGGAUCAAUAAAAAUAUAUUUUCGUUUAAUCAUUGUUUGCGACCAGUCUAUGAGGUAUAAUGUUAUUCUCGGCAGAGAUUUUUUAACUGCAUGCAAUUUAAAUUUAGACCCGUAUACCUUGGGAAUGAUUGCGUUGAGAAAACCC